CCUCUUCAGCCCUCCACCCAAACAGCCUUCUCAUUAGGCGUGUGUGCGCGUGCUCUCCUCUUCAGCCCUCCACCCAAACAGCCUUCUCGUUAGGCGUGUGUGCGCGUGCUCUCCUCUUCAGCCCUCCACCCAAACAGCCUUCUCAUUAGGCGUGUGUGCGCGUGCUCUCCUCUUCAGCCCUCCACCCAAACAGCCUUCUCAUUAGGCGUGUGUGCGCGUGCUCUCCUCUUCAGCCCUCCACCCAAACAGCCUUCUCAUUAGGCGUGUGUGCGCGUGCUCUCCUCUUCAGCCCUCCACCCAAACAGCCUUCUCGUUAGGCGUGUGUGCGCGUGCUCUCCUCUUCAGCCCUCCACCCAAACAGCCUCCUCAUCGGGCGUGUGUGCGCGUGCUCUCCUCUUCAGCCCUCCACCCAAACAGCCUUCUCAUUAGGCGUGUGUGCGCGUGCUCUCCUCUUCAGCCCUCCACCCAAACAGCCUCCUCAUUGGGCGUGUGUGCGCGUGCCCGCCGGCAGUCCUACUCUUCGAUGCAUGGGAGUUUGAGGUUUUCCGCCGCCGAGCAGCCGUCUGGGCAGAACCAUUUGCAUUAUGGCUUCGGGUCAAGAAAAGAACCGUCGGCGUGUCAAACAGCUUUUGGGGAAACCUGGGAAUGGAAGGUGUGCGGACUGCGGAGCUGCAGAUCCGGAAUGGGCGUCCUACACUCUGGGAGUGUUCGUGUGUCUCAGCUGCUCCGGCCUUCACAGAAACAUCGUUCAGAUCAGCAAAGUGAAAUCUGUCCUGCUGGAUCCCUGGAGCUCCUCUGAGCUGGAGUUCAUGGACUCUGUGGGUAACAAUGCUGCCAAGGCCACAUUUGAGCAGAUAGUUCCGGCCUUCUACUACUGCCCGACCCAGAAAGACUGCAUGCUGCUGCGAGAACAAUGGAUCCGAGCCAAGUACGAGAGGAAGGAGUUCCAGCGCGUGGAGAGGCAGGAGCCUUACUCGGCAGGCUACAGGGAGGGGUUUCUAUGGAAACGAGGUAGGGACAACGGGCAGUACCUCAGCCGGAACUUUAUUCUGUCCGAACGGGAAGGUGUUUUAAAGUACUUCAACAAGCACGAUGCCAGAGAGCCCAAAGCAAUAAUGAAGAUCAAUACUGUGAAUGCCACUUUCCAGCCAACAAAAAUCGGCACCUCCCAGGGCCUGCAGAUAACUUAUUUAAAGGACAACAGCACUCGGAAUAUCUUUGUUUACCACGAGGAUGGAAAGGAAAUGGUGGACUGGUUCAAUGCCAUCAGAGCAGCCAGGUUUCACUACCUUCAGGUGGCUUUUCCUGGAGCAUCCGUCUCUGACUUGUUGCCAAAGCUAACCAGGAACUACAUAAAGGAGGGUUUCAUGGAGAAGACUGGUCCAAAACACACUGAGGGCUUCAAGAAGAGAUGGUUCACGAUGGAUGACAGGAGGCUCAUGUAUUUCAAAGAUCCACUGGAUGCUUAUGCGCGAGGCGAGGUGUUCAUCGGCUGUCAGGAAAACAGCUACACCGUGCUUCCCGGCCUCCCCCCAAACACCCAAGGCUACCAUUGGCAGUUUGGGAUUACCAUCGUGACCCCAGACAGGAAGUUUCUAUUUGCCUGCGAGACGGACGAGGAUCAGAAAGACUGGAUCGCAGCUUUUCAGACCGUCAUCGACAGGCCGAUGCUGCCUCAGGAGUAUGCAGUAGAGGCCUAUUUUAAGCACAAACCAUGACUGUCUUAGUGCUUGAAGAUCUGUUGCAGGGACUGAAGCUGGACAAAGAGAAGGACCUGAGAUACGUACUUGAUAUCUCAUAAUGGAAGUCUUUAUUAUGACUUAAGUGUGUCAGAGAAAGGUGAGAUAGUUACCAUUCCCACAGUGACGUCUCCAGACCCGUUCCUUGGGGAGUCCGAAUCACCCCUAAGCUCAUGAAUGUUGGCCUAACUCCCCCCAUCCGUGUCGUGGUGUUACUUACAUACCUGGAAGAGGUCUGGCAUCCUGACCUGGAUGUUUUGAAGGAAUCAGAAUUGUUGCUGCUCAGAUGUCAAAAGAUGUUUUCCUCUGUUUUCAGUAAUAUAAUAAGUAUGCAGACAAUGCAUUUAUUUUUUUAACCUAAAACUUGCUAAUAUGUAGCUAAUUUGCCAAGCACUGAGGGUAUAAUAAUAAUGUUAACUGGUUUGUGAAAUGUUUAUGAUUUAAGAAUUGGCUUGCAUUCCUUUGUGUCUGUGUAUGAAGAGAGUGAUCCACUUGGUGGUGUAAGUUAACCAGCAGAUGGAGGCAGAGGAGGAGUUGAACUCCCAUGAGCCUCUCUGGACUCACCGGGUAGUCAAGUAAAGGGAGAAUCUGCAUGAAUGAAACUGAAAUGUUGUCACUAUUAAAUGGGUUAAAGCCACA